AUGCGUCGAUCUUCUAAUAUCCUUCGCAAGCGUGUUCCAUUUCGAUGUAUCAAUGCGCCUGCUUUCGCUCAUUUUCACGUCCAGGCGCAUGCUGCGAUGACAAAAGCUUCCGAUCCGAAUUACACCUUACCAAAAGUGUCUCCUGCUGUCCUUCCCCCACGUGACGGGAUUGUCAUGGUUGUUUAUCCCAAGUUGGUCCCAAGCGCCUACGCUACCAUUCGUACACUCCGUGAUAUCUUAGGCUCUUCACUACCAAUUGAGCUUUGGUACCGCCCAGAUGAGAUGGAACACACCCCUAAAGCUCUUGAUCCCCUUCGUCAUCUUGCAAAAAACUCAUCCGGCGGCCAGAUUUCGUUCCAUCAGAUCGUUGAUCCAGUUGCCACGCGAUUUGUAGCGAAGGUUUAUGCUAUCUACCACAGUUUCUUUGAUCGCGUGCUGUUCCUCGAUGCCGAUAACGUCCCUGUCCGAGAUCCUAGCUUCCUCUUCAGCUCUCUCGAAUUUCUACAGACAGGAGCAAUCUUCUGGCCGGAUUUUUGGCAUCCGGGUUCGACCAUGUUUGGAAUACACAGCAGAUCGUUACUCUGGGAACUUCUCGACAUGCCGUUUGUCGACAUGUUCGAACAAGAAAGCGGCCAAUUGGUUGUGGAUCGUCAAAGGCAUGCCAUGCCUCUCGAACUCGUUCUCUUCUACGCUACUCACGAACCCAACUUUUUUGUGCACUAUAAACUCGCAUGGGGAGACAAGGAUCUGUUUCGGUUAGCGUGGCUCAAUUUGAAUGCAUCUUUCCACAUGAUUAAGACGCCUCCUGCCAUGGCUGGAAUGGUGACCAACAUGUCUGCCUUUUGUGGAAUGACAAUGGUACAGCACGAUCCUGAAGGUGAAAUCCUGUUUCUCCACCGCAACAAGCACAAACUCACGGGGCUGGAGUCAGGAAAUACUAAUUCCAACAGUUCGGAAUCGGCAGGACUCGACGAGCACAGCUUGAACAAUUUAAGCGUUGAAGAUUAUCCAGAUCCAGUAAUCUGGACACACUUGCUAUCCUUUGAUGGCAAUUGGGGUCGCGAACACUACGUCGUUCAAGCUUUUACAACAUCUCUAGAUUUCAGCAGCAAGCAGAAGUGCUUUGGACGGCGGUCGCUCAGUCAGAGCCCGCAGUUUCACGUCCAACCUAUCGCAGAUCAAACUUUUGCCGGUCUCGAGACAGACCUGAGGGGGUUUGCGAAGCAGGCAACUCAAACUUAGUGAAAGU